AUGGAAAGCGAGCUACAGAGCAUCUACGUCUACUCGAACUGCACGCUGGGUAUUUGCUUCAACGCCCUGCUCAUCUACUUCAUCGCUACCGAUAAUUCGGGCUGGCUGAUCGACGACUACGGCUUCUUCAUGUUCAGCAAGAAUCUGGCGGGCUAUGGAAAGUGGAUCUCGUACAUGGGGAUAUUUUCGGAACUUCAGGUGUACAUGGCGGCCUUUCACAUGACCCUGACGCUGUUGGCCAUCCACUGCAUCUAUCGCUUGAAGUGGAAGUUUCUGUUCGACACGCCGCUCGGCAUCUUUGUGCUGACCGUCUUCAACUUCACGUUUGGGCCACUGUGGUGUAUCCUGUGCCAUUUAACGUUCGGGAUGAACCCGCAGCGUACAGCGUUGAGUCGAGACGAACUCUGGCGCCGCUUCAACGUCAGCAUCGAUGAUGUUGGAUAUAUCGGGCCGGUUUAUAAGUGGCCCGACCCGGUCACGCACGAGAUGAAAAUCCGGUGGUCAAACCUGCUGGGCGCUUUUGGCUGCCUAUCCAUCCUCGUCAUCAUCCACAUCUCCAUCUGUUUCGGCGGCAUCAAGCUAUACUUCUUCGUCCGCGCCUCCUCGGUAAGCGCCAAAACGAAGCGACUGAACAUGCAGCUGCUCCGCCUGCUCUUUAUCCAGGCGGCAGCGCCGGUGAUCUUCGAGUACACGCCCUGCCUGAUGGUGAUAUUUGGCGGAUUUUUUGGCUUACCGCUCUCCGAGGCCGCUCUCUAUAUCCCAGUCUUCAUAUCGCUCUAUGCAACCGCCGAUCCGAUCUUCAUGCUGUUCACUUUCAAAGCUUUCCGUAUCCGCUUCCUAGCGAUGCUGCCGUGCAGUUAUUUCGGAAAACAAGUCGCCCCAUCUUCAGCAGAGCUUUCCCAUCAGAAAACGGAGAAGCCGGGAAGUUCCGACGCCGACUCGUCACGCCAC